UUAUGAGAGGAGGAAAGAAAGUUCUCGUCUAUCGACGAGGAGGAUUUCUAGGUACUUAAAACGUUUUCUUCUAUCGGGUAAGUGUUAAAAUGGAAGAGCGUGAAGCAAAGCGACCGCGCCUGAAUCCGGCGCCGCUGCUCGUUUUUGCCCACGGCGCUGGGGCUCCGUCCUCAUCCGACUGGAUGAUCAGAUGGAAGAACCUGUUGGCAACGGCGACCAACGCCGUGGAUGUGAUAACAUUCGACUAUCCCUAUCUUUCUGGAGGAAAGAAGGGUGCUCCACCCAAGGCCGAGAAGCUCGUCGAUUUCCAUCUCCAGCAAGUUAACAAGGGCGUGGAGAAAUACCCAGGACACCCAGUAGUUCUCGUGGGCAAAUCUAUGGGUUCAAGGGUGGGUUGCAUGGUAGCUGCGAAAGCUGGCUCACACCAGAUAGCUGCUGUAAUAUGUCUGGGUUAUCCGCUUAAGGGAAGCAAGGGAUCGCUUAGAGAUCAAACCUUGCUUGAAGUUCCAGUACCAACAAUGUUCGUCCAGGGGACCAAAGACACGAUGUGUCCGCUCGAUAAGCUCCACAGCGUCGUCACAAAGAUGCCAGUCAAGACCUCUCUCCACACCAUCGAAGGAGGAGACCACUCCUUCAAAGUCCCAAAGAAGGUGCUUGACAAGAACAGCACAACGCAGGAGUCCCUUGAGCUCCACGCCGUAAAUGCGAUCCAGCUGUUCCUCGCGGACUCCCUGUGCAUGCAAUGAGCCUAGCAUGUGAGUAAACAAUUCUCUUUAAAAAUUCUCGACUUGGGAGGCUCCAAGCGAGAGAACUCAAUGAGCUCCUGCUUGGCCAUUCUUCACGUCGCAGGCCAAUCGGUUGCAAAACCAGGUUACAGUAAUUAAAUUGGUGCCACUGUGUACGACGUC